AUGUUGGUGGGGGAAAGGGGAGAUGGCAAGUUUAAAAAGCUGCUGGUGAAUUUGGUUGACUCCAGGCUGCCACAGUCAGGAAAUGAAAAAGUCGAGCUUGCUUUGCUCAGUUUCUUUGAUCAGUUUCGGAAAACAUACAUCGGUGACCAGCUUCACAGAUCCUCAAAGGUUUAUGUCCGAAUAUCUGAAGCUUUGAGUCUAACCGAUGAAACACGUGUUCUUGAAACAUUUGUGGCAAAAGUUGUCAACAAUCUAAAAUGCUGGGGGAGAAGUGAGCUUGUAAUUUCCAGAACACUGCAGUUUCUUAAUGACCUAUCUGUUGGAUACGCCAUCUUGAAGAAGCUGGUAAAGAUUGAUGCAGUUCAAUUCAUGCUUCGGAAUCACGCUUGUGAACACUUUCCUUUCCUGGGCAUCAAUGAACAUUUCCAACUUCAUGAUGCCGUUCUGAGAUGCCGCACGACCUUCUAUACAGCACUGACUCGCCUGCUUCUCAUAGACUUGGGUGAGGAUGAAGAUGAAUUUGAGUUGUUCAUGAUGCCACUAACUACAACAUUUGAAAAUCUGACGCAUCUUUUCAACAGCAAUUUCAAGCAAGACAAGGCCAAGUGCAUGUUGAUUGGCCUGUCACGGGACCUCAGAGGGAUUGCCUUUGCUUUGAAUACAAAAGCCAGCUACACCAUGCUGUUCAACUGGCUAUAUCCAGGAUACAUUUCAAUCCUCCAACGCGCCAUUGAGCUAUGGUACCAUGAGCCGUCUUGUACAACACCUAUCCUAAAAUUAAUGGCUGAGCUUGUUCACAACAGGUCACAGAGGUUGAAUUUUGAAGUAUCAUCGCCAAAUGGAAUUCUUCUGUUCAGAGAGGCCAGCAAAAUGAUUUCCACUUAUGGUAUGAAAUUUGGAACUCCUCCAAUCAGGGUGAUAUGUGUUGUUUCUUAUCGGAAGUUGAGCUUAUCUUACUAUUCGUUGUUGGAGUGCCUUACCCAGGACCAUAUGAAAUUCAUUUCCAACCUAGAGCCACAUGUGGUUAUUUACAUCCUGACCUCUUUAUCAGAAGGACUUAAUGCCUUGGAUAUGGAGAUCUCAUCUGCUUGCUGUGCGAGUUUGGAUUAUGUCGUCACAUACCUCUUCAAACAGCUGGCAAAAAGUAACAAAAAAUCUCUGAGAAUGAGACAGGUGGCACAAGAAGGGGAACGAUUGCUAUGCACCAUGCAGCAGAACCCUGAGAUUCUACAACAGAUGCUGUCCAUUCUAAUGAAUUGCAUUAUAUUUGAAGACUGUAGGAAUCAGUGGUCAAUGUCACGCCCACUCCUGGGACUGAUACUUCUCAAUGAUAAGUAUUUCAGUGAGUUGAGAAGAAAUUUGAUAAGCAGUCAGGACCCUGAGCAGCAGCAAACACUGAAUGCAUGUUUUGAGAAAUUAAUGGAAGGAGUGGAACAGAAUUUGCUAAUCAAGAACAGAGACAGGUUUACACAGAACAUGUCCAUUUUCAAACGUGACGUGACUGAGACUUUGCGCAUCUGUACAUCUGCCAAUACCCCUGUGGGAACCGUAGAUAUGGUGAGCUGAUUCCAAAACUGAUGGCGGAGUGAU